AGGAGUGCCACGACAAUACAGACGACGACGCUAGGACUUUCGUUCGAGAUGGGCUCGCUGAUUUACGAGCUAAGCAGCGCCCAGAACCAACUGGCUAACGCCGUCGGCGCCAAAUGCGUGGGGACUAUCCUAACAAGCAGGGACGCGCUGUGCGGAUCGAGCACCACCGUCGACGAAAGCACGCAAAAGUUGGACGCACCGCACCUCACGUACGGCGGAUUCCCGGAUCUCGGUAACAAGAAGACAGUCGUUUUCACGGACUUCAAGAACUCUGCCGCUGAAAGGUUCCUGCGUGUCAGUGGAGGAAAUGGCAGCGCCAAGCUUCGUAAACGUGUGGCGUGGAUGCUGUUCAACGUGCACCUGGGAGACACGACCAAGAGAUGCGGUGCAAACAGUUUCGAAGUUGAAGAGAGUUUUUGUAAAGUCUUUCUUUUGUCAAGCCAGGGAUGCUGAAACGACGUGGGCGAUUGAAAUGAGGACGAUAAAAAUGGGGGGGGGGGGGAAAACUCAAUUUC